AUGGCCUUAAAAUUUCUCAGUGCUCACACCGGCACUGGAGGAACCAGCAGCAGUGUCAAGCUUUACGAGAUACGGCUGGACAGUGACUACAUUGUCCUUCGAGGAACAGAGGAUGAGGCAGGCAGCGCUCGCUUGUCCGGGCAGCUUGUGCUGUCACUGGUAGACUCUUUAACAAUCACUGGUGUUAAACUCACUCUGAGCGGUAUUGUGCAUAUGUCAUAUGCCACUACCUCUGCAUCCUCACUGUCUGGCCGGCGCAACGCAUCGAAAGAGCAAACCUUCUACCAGAAAUCGUGGACGUUCCGCGAAUGUCCAAAGGGAAAAUCAGAAACUCUGCCGAGCGACAACUACACGUGGCCCUUCGACGUGGUACUUGAUGGUGCCCUCCCGGAAAGUGUGGAAGGACUCAAGGAUGCCUACGUCGUGUAUAGAUUGAAAGCAGAGGUCACACGCAAAAGAGGGAAAGAUCUAGUGAUCAGGAAACCCCUGCGAAUUGUUCGCACGCUAGGCCCGAGUGCCCUCGAACUAAGCCAUGCCAUGAGCGUUGAGAACAUCUGGCCAAACAAGGUCGAGUACUCGAUAAGCACACCAAGCAAAGCUGUAAUAUUCGGCUCGUUCUUACAAGUUGAUUUCAAGCUGAUACCACUUCUAAAGGGAUUGGUAAUCGGAAACAUAAGUACACAGUUAAAAGAGGAGCACGAAUUUUGCAUUGACCCUGAGUGGAAUGUUUUGGCAUUGAAUGGUGGUCAGAUAAAGGAUGACCGUGUGAUCGCAUAUGACAACUACAAGCUGAACCCAGAUCACGACCUGGAGAUAAUCGAAGAAGCAGCUGAGGGAUUUCAAUUCUCGAGGUACCUGGAACUGCCGAAGACUCUCUCAAAAUGUUUACAAGACUGCAACGUGAAAGGAAUCAAGGUGCGGCACAAGAUCAAAUUCAACGUCCAACUACACAACCCGGAUGGCCAUAUAUCGGAGCUGAGAGCGAACCUACCUGUUUCGUUGUACAUCUCGGAAAGUCUGCCCCUCAACGACGAUAACGAUCUGGUUGAUCAGACACCACAAGCUGGGCGAGCAGCGCUCCAGAAUGAUAUUAUGAAUUCUGCACCUCCUGUCUACGGCGAGCAUCAAUUCGAUCAGCUAUUCUCGGAUAUGGAUCCGAGUGGAUGGAGAACCCCAGGUGGUGCACUGUCGGCUGUUGGUACUCCUUAUGCACACAGCAGGAACAUCUCCUCCGAGAACUUGGCAAGUAUGGAUGCGGUAGCUGAUGCGCCUGGCCAUGUAUCUGCGACAGCACUCCAGCAUAGAUUGCAAGACCUGCGCCGCUCAGAUACUAUCGUACCAACCAUUGCUCGAAUCGAGCACGACCAGUUUACAAAUGGGAAUAUGUCCAGACGAGGAUCUGGAGUCCAUAUAAACGGUGACUAUGUUACGAAUAUGGAUGCUCGUGAAGCAGGAAGUCUGCCACGAGACGGAGAUACCUCAAGAGGCACGACGAGUGGUCUGAACAGCGUACCAGAUUCCAACGACGUAUCACGGAGAACCUCAAAUGAGGAUGUGCCCCAUUCCUACUCUUCCGGAACAGCAACCCCAUUCUUCCAGACCGAUCACUUUGAGGAUCUGGCAAAAGUCCCCUCCUACUCGACAGCAAUACGCACGCCUGCUCCACGUUCGCACCAUUCGGGUUCCGACCUCCCAAGCUAUGGCGCUUGUAUGGCCGGUUCAGGACCUGCUCCCCCUGCCCUACCGGCAAGCGCACAUGUAAGAGACGUCCACCGCAUGGACACUUAUCCUCCAGCAUCAUACUCUUCAUCUGCACCAACAAACCGGAAUCUGAGCCAUUUACAAGACGAAGAAAGACGUCUGCGUGUGAUGCAGCUACGCGGCCGAACCUAG